AUCACAACAAUGCUUCACCCGAUUCAAAACUAAAAGCAAACAAAUCACAUAAAACACAUGUAAUGUCUCUUUGACCAUUAACUUUUGAGACAAGAAAAGUUAGCAAGAAGAUGAAGAACGGUCUGCUUGUCUUAGUCUGCAUGAUCUUGGCUAUUGGAACAUGUGGAGGUCCUUUGUUAACUCGUCUCUACUACAACAAUGGCGGAGAACGAAUCUGGUUCAUGAGCUUUCUCUCAACGGCAGGUUUCCCAGUCAUCCUCAUCCCUCUCGUUAUCUCCUUCCUCCGCCGCAGAAACCGCAACAACUCUGGAAACAUAGAAAAAACAGAGAUUGUCCUCAUGGAAACUCCAAUGUUCAUCGCAUCUAUCGUCAUAGGGUUGCUCGUAGGACUUGACAACUACUGUUUCGCGUAUGGGCUAGCUUAUCUGCCAGUUUCCACAACAUCACUCAUUGUCGGAACUCAGUUAGGGUUCAAUGCGAUCUUCUCUUUCUUCAUGGUCAAGCAAACGUUCACUCCUUUCUCCAUAAACGCCGUCGUUUUGUUAACGGCCGGGACGGGAAUCCUGGCCUUACGUGGCGGCGACGGAGACAGGCCGGCUGACGUGAGCCACGAGGAGUAUGUGGUUGGGUUCUUGGUGACUCUCACUGCAGCUGUUCUUUACGCUUUUAUAUUACCGUUCGUUGAGCUUACUUACAAGAAAGUUCGACAAGAAAUCACUUUCACACUUGUGUUGGAGAUGCAGUUGGUCAUGUGCGUCGCUGCUUCUUGCUUCUGUAUCGUUGGGAUGCUUGUAGAAGGCGACUUCAAGGUUAUACCAAGAGAAGCAAGAGAGUUCAAGAUAGGAGGAUCUGCGUUUUACUACACGUUGGUUGUGAUGACAGGGAUAGUAUAUCAAGGAUUAUUCUUAGGAGCCAUAGGGGUUGUGUUCUGUGCGUCUUCUCUAGCUUCUGGUGUUCUCAUCAGUGCUCUUCUUCCGGUCACGGAAGUUUUGGCCGUCGUGUGUUUUCAAGAGAAGUUUCAAGCUGAGAAAGGUGUUGCUCUCCUUCUCUCUCUGUGGGGGUUUGUCUCUUACUUUUACGGCGAGUUUAAAUCUGGCAAGAGAAUUAUCGAUAAGGCUCAGUUGCAGGAGACAGAACUGCAUCCACUUCCAGUUAGUGUCUCCGUUAUUGCUUGAAGGUCGUGUACGUUUUUAUUAUGUAUGAUUAAACCAAUAGUUUUACAGUGUAAAUGUAAAAAAAUAUUUGAUAUCCCCUAUAUACUAAAGCUCAA